AAAUAUAUAUGCUCUUUGUCUUUGCUCUUUGGCGGCGGUGCAUACUGAUAUUGAGUUUGUUUUUGAUUUACUGGAUGGUGGACUUAUCGUGCCUGUGAGCUCAGUAUUGCGAUUUCUGUCCUGAGAAGCUGUUCGCGACAAUGUCUGGAUAUAGGAAUAAUAACCGAAGAAAGCGGCUACGGUCUCGCUGGCAAAGAACCACAACGUUGUUAUCUAACAUGAUUAACACUAUAUCCACGAGUUUGCUAGACCGUAUAAAUGGUUUUCGUUCAUUUAAUGCAAAACAUCCACCAAAUCAUAAUUCACUCUUUGAGUCUGAUCAAUCCUCCGAGACUGAUGAUUGUAGAUCACCACCACAAAAAAGGAGAUGCAACAACAGAAUUUCUCAACCUGCACUUCAUUCACCACAUAGCAAUAAUGGAACUAGAGUAGUGGAAAUUAUAGACACAGAUAGUGAAAGUGAUGGCCCCACGGAAAUUCCACGCAGACAAGGAUAUUGGCAACAAAUUGACAAGAGGAUAAUGUUUUUGUGCAUAUUUGAGCUAGUUGUUAUGCAUCUGGAUUUACAUGUUGAUUGUACAAACAGAGCUACAAACAUAAAUGAAAAGCCUAGUUCGAGUGGUGCUUAUCCGUCAAUAUCUUCAACCAGUUCUUUGCAGGACAGCAGGAGAGUUAGAUCGUUGUUAAGACCUGCAAGAUUAAUAUUUGAUGAUACAAAUAAUAUGUACCAGUCCUCGAAGAACUUGGGAAAUACACAACAGGCUCAAAAUGAUACUUAUGUUCGAAAUACGCCAUUAGAAAACAUAACUCUCAGAGGGGUUGUAAAAGCGCAAGACCCUGGACCAUCGAGAAGUAAUAAAAAUCAUCACAAAACUAGAGCCGUGGUUACAAGACAGACUCCUUAUUGUAUUCCGCGAUACAGAAGCAGUUUUAGUUCUGGAACAACUCCUAGCGCAAUAAGGUCACGGCGUAGAGCAGUUGAAAAUGCUUCGCCGAUCGAAAUCGGGUCAUCGUCAUCGGAUCUGAUAAUUGUAGAAAUGGAUAGGGAAGUGUCAAACCAGGCAGUGCCAAGAGACACCAUGUUUAUGCAACCUGAAAUUAUUGAUAAUUGUCCAGAGAAACAUCCCAGACAAGUUUCUUCAAAUAUAACUUUAGGAAAUCCUUCAUCGACACAAAAUGAAUCUGAUCAAUUUAACGAGUUAAUAAUGGCCAAUCAUGACAAAUGGGAAUGUGCUACAUGUAUUGGACUAAACGAGCGGACCACUACUAUAUGCUUUUGUUGCGGUAGCCUUGCACUAAACGCAAAUAUUGACUGUGGAGUUUCAGCAACCGCGGUCCAUGGAGAGCCAACCCAAUGCCCAGGGAGUAAUGGACCAGUUAAUAUUUAUGCAGGCUUUGGGUGCUGCAACCGACGCAGCCCACUCUUUACACAUUGAGUGGCAACCAAAGUGGGUUACAAUUUAGCACGGAAAGUUCCGACAAUCAACAGGAACAUGAAAAAAGUAUUGUGGAGGAACAUUAAGUGUUAAGAGACAUUUUAUAUGUUAUACUAUUAGUAGAGAUGAUGAAUAUGUCAUAAAGAGGGAAUAUUUGCAUGCUUUUGAUUAUUUUCUUAAAUUGCAUGCGAAUGAUUCAAUAAACCGCAUGUUUUUUUUAAUAUCCAAUAAAAAUUAUUUAAAAUUCAUAAUAAAACUAUAU